AAAAUGCCCCAAGACGAAAUUGAUUUGAUUUUGAAAGAACAAAGCGCGCUCAUCGUCAUCUACAAUGAAAUCCAAGUUAUCUGUAGAAGACUACAUCCAGUUCCUUUCCUCUCACAAGCAACGCCCUCUCACCAUCAAUUUCCUCAACCAGAUUAUCUCCAUUCACGGUUUUAAGAAACUGACGAAACACAAGAAAGAGUUGAGUGAUGCGGUGGAGACGCUUGAUCUGAUGGAUCUAUCACGUUCGACGCUGAAAUCGAGCAUAUCGUCGAACGCGUGGUUGACAGAGAAGGAGGUAAUUGGAGACCUCAAUUGUCUUGAGUGGCAAGAGUGUUGCGUUACCUCCAUCCAAGCCCUAAACUCUUCUCCCUUACCUGAUCAACAAUCCAACCCUAAACCCCAAGCCAAACGGAAGAGAGGUAAUACCGAAGGCGCUGAUUCUUUCUCUUCCGGUUUGCUUUCCCUUCAAUCGUCUUGAAUUUCUUUGGGAAUUCCAAAAUAGAGUAAGUGCAGUUAUGUCUUUUGCACCAUUAAGGAGUAUGUUUUAAUUACCGAUUCUUCAUACAUAGCUCUAUAGUUAUACUCCACCCAAUCUUACACUUGUACACUAAGUCAAGUCGCCAAAUUUCACUAAAUACUGUUAUAUUAUAUAAAAUAAAAGAUUUCUUUUCUCAA